UCUGGAACAAAGAGAAUUAGAGACUGGUUUCUCUCGCGGGCCGGGAUAUGUGUUUUGUUCGCUGGUUUAAUCAUUAAUCUGAAACUUGAACUCUGUGCAGCAGCUUUUGGUUCUUUGUGAAGUUUGCAGGGCGGCAAGUUCCUUUUCAUUUUAAUCAGAUUUUCUGUCGUCCUAAUAAUGGUAGCUUCGCCAGUCGUGUUGCUGUAGCUGCAACGAGAAGCCCGGACAACCUGAAUAACCAGUUAGUUACCCUCUGCUUACCUGCCUGGUUUCGGUUUGCAAACAAGGCGCUGCUGAUGAAAAGUGCGGACUUUAUCUCGGUUUGAGCAGAGAUUUGAUGUAGACCUGGGAACAAAUGAAGCUGAAAAAUGUCUGAUGCAAAUAAACUUCCGAGAAGUUCUGACAGAAAUCGUCCCUCUAAUAGACCUCAUCGAGAAAGAAGACAUCAAGAUCGUUCUGGUGCUGAGAGUAAUCAUUCUGGUAGACGUAGCAGAGAAGAUCACAGAGAUCCCAGGGAGUCACAUCAAAGCAAACCAUAUCCCUCUAGGCAAUCGUACCCUUCCAGUGAAAGAUAUGAUCCACGAGGAGAGCCUUACUCCAGACCACCUAGAUUGCCACCAGCUCAACCCAACAGUCGUCCAUCUUCUUCAUCACCACCUUAUUACAGCUCAGCAUCACAAACUAACACCUCUCCAAAAGAAUCCUUUGGGACAAAAUGUUCAUAUUUGUGCUCAAGAAGAGGUGUCUUGCAGUUCAGUGAGAUUAUAACCAAUCUCAUGGUUCUGAUUUGCGUGGCAGCUUCACAAGCAGCAAUAUCUGGCUACACGUCCAUGGGAGGACUUGGGACAGGUGCUUUUAGCAUUGAUUCAGCGUACAGCCCCUUCCAAGGCACUGAGCUGGAGCAGGUCCGGGAUCUUGACAUGCAGUUUAGCCAGAUGAGAACCCCUGGAGUAUACGCAGGGGUAGUUUCUAGCAUUGUUGCAGGUUCUGUCACCCUUCUCUUUUUAGUGGGUGGUGCUAAACCUCUUCACCGCCUUUCCUCAAAAUUUCUCAUGGCUGAAUUUGUGUUUAAUAUUCUUGCCUGUAUCGGGUACAUAGUGGGCGUUGGACUUUACCUGCAUCUUAUAAUUACGGUAAAUAGCACAGAAGUUUGUAGAUUAAGAAACCGUUUAUAUGCCGGCCAUGGUUACACCUUUAUGAAUUGUGAUGUUCAGGGAGGAGAUGCUGCCGUAGCUUUAUUUGGCUUAAUUUCUGCUUGCUUGUAUUGUGCAAGUGCAGUUUUCAGUUUUUUGGCACUGAGAACUCUGAAGAAAAUUACCGAAGAGAUGAAUGCGGGCAAUGCAGUACACCAAGAUUUUGAGGAAGUUGAAUAUAAAGAGUGUUCAAACCAUCAGGAUGGUAAGGCUGAUCAGCAGCUCACGACUCUUGUGUAAAGUAGCUAACCUAAGUAUAUUUUGUUUCCCCAGUGUCUCAAGGUUUAGCUAGUGAGUAAUUGAGCCAUAUAGGUCAGGAAGGUGCCAUGCUCAAUCACUGAUCUGUGUUGUGUUACCUGAUAUCAGCUGGAGUAGUGAACAUAGGACUUAGGAGCUGAGUAAGCCAUUCAGCCCUUCAAGCCCACUCCGCCAUUCAAUAAGAUCAUGGGGUAGUGUCUUCCCCCAAUAACCCUUGACUCUCUUGUCUAUCAAGAAUAUGUCUA